UCUGUGGUGGUUGCCACAAUCGUCAAAUUUUUCUACAAAUUAUCAAUUCCGCCAAAGUACAGAGUCAUCUAGAACUGAUAAAAUGGCAGAGGGACAGGAAGAACCUAAAAAGAUCACAAUAACAGUAAAAACUCCUAAAGAAAAACAACAAGUUGAAAUCGAGGAAGAUGCGGAUAUCAAAAAGCUUAAAGAGGUGCUGUCGCCGAAGUUUAGUGCUGAGCCCGAGCAAUUAUGUCUUAUUUUUGCUGGUAAAAUCAUGAACGAUGCAGACACUCUGAAGCAACAUAAUAUCAAGGAUGGGCUUACAGUUCAUCUCGUUAUAAAAACGCCUCCUAGACCGGAGCCCGAAGGUGGAACACGGCGUCCCCCAGCCGAUAUUGGUGCCACACCAUUUGGAUUAAACUCCAUUGGUGGUCUAGCUGGACUGGAAAGCUUAGGUCUUGGACAGAGUACAUUUAUGGAUUUGCAGGCCCGAAUGCAGCAAGAGUUGUUAACAAAUCCAGAUAUGCUAAGGCAAGUGCUAGAUAAUCCCCUUGUGCAGCAAAUGAUGAACAAUCCAGAGAAUAUGCGCGCUUUGAUAACAUCUAACCCUCAGAUGCAGGAUCUUAUGUCGAGAAACCCAGAAAUUAGUCACAUGUUGAACAACCCCGAGCUGUUGCGUCAGACUAUGGAAUUGGCUCGGAACCCUGCCAUGUUGCAGGAGUUAAUGAGGUCUCAUGAUAGAGCCUUGUCCAACCUCGAGAGUAUACCUGGUGGUUACAAUGCGCUUCAACGUGUUUACCGUGACAUUCAGGAGCCCAUGUUGAAUGUGGCCAGCAGCAUGGCAGGGAAUCCGUUUUCGGGACUGGUCGAUAACUCUGAUGGCACUAAUCCGCAACAGGGCUCAGAAAAUAGGCAACCAUUGCCAAAUCCAUGGCAGCGAGGUGGGGGGUCGGGCAACACCGGUGGGGGGACGACUGGACCUGGUCUGAUUAACACACCGGGCAUGCAGUCUCUGCUGCAGCAAAUGUCAGAGAACCCUCGACUCAUGCAAUCCAUGCUGUCUGCGCCAUACACCAACAGCAUGCUGCAAGCUUUAUCUGCUGAUCCAGAGAUGGCAUCACAGCUUAUUAAUCAGAAUCCCAUGUUUGCAAACAACCCUCAGCUUCAGGAGCAAAUCCGCACAAUGAUGCCCCAACUACUCAAUCAGAUGCAAAACCCGGAGAUGCAGUCUAUGAUGUCUAACCCACAGGCUUUGAACGCGCUGCUGCAGAUACAGCAGGGCAUGGAGCAACUGCGGACGGCGGCGCCCGGCCUCGUGAACACGCUCGGCUUCGGCGCCGCCGCCGCCACCGCCACGCCGCCCACAACAACCGCUUCUAACACCACCACCACCAAUACAAACACCCGCCAGCAACAGAACUCUGAGCUCUUCACGCAGUUCAUGCAACGAAUGAUGGCAGCAAUGGCCAACAACCAGACCAACACCUCGCAGCCGCCGGAACAACGCUACUCGCAGCAACUGGAGCAACUCACAGCUAUGGGAUUCCUAAACAGAGACGCCAACUUACAAGCCCUGAUUGCCACAUUUGGAGACGUGAAUGCGGCUGUGGAGAGGCUACUGGCCCUGGGUCAACUGUCCAUGAGCUAACAACGCCUAUGUUAGGAAAACGAUUGUAUUCUAGACCUUACACCACAUUCCGGACAUUGUAGAAACAUUUGCUUUUGUAUUCAUUAUUCAUGAUCAUGGGUAAGUUUCGAACUAUAACCCAGUAGCUGGCCAGUGUUUGUAAUGUCAAGAAACGAAGUACUGUCGAUUCGUUCCGAAAUAAUUUGGUCAGCGCAGUGACGUAUAAUAUGACUUUGUCACAAUAGACAUAACUACCAGUAGUUCGACUGCAAAGAAACGGACAG